AGGAAGAAGGAAGUUCAAAGUACGGGACGGAGGGUUCAAGGAUCAAACAACUCAAGCGAAGAGCUUCUCGGAAGAAGUGCAUUCGCCUUUCGAAAUCUAUCUGGAAACACUUGAAGACAGGACUAGCGAGGAAGGACGGUUUCACGCGCCUAGGAACUACCCAGCAUCCAUAUGAGAUGGGUUGGCAAUAUGAACAGGACGAGUUCGAGUACGGAUUUGGACUUGACGUGAUUGAUAGAAUGUUGGCAGGUGACGAGUCUACUUUCAAGGACGAAAGUGCUUUUGAUUACACGAUUUUGAAUUAUGGUAUUUGUAAGAAAAACUGACAGCUGGUCCUGGAGCAAAGAAAGAGGAUUUCMUGCAUCUGAUUUUCCCUGUUUUUCUGUAUUGUAUCGAAUAUUCGUUCGGGAUUUUAGGGACUCUGUACCUUGUACUUUUUGUGGAGUUUGUACGCCAUAGCGUCAAUCACGCAGCACAYGGUCGACCAUUCUUCACAGCCGUCUUGUCAAUGGCUUAUAGCGAAUGUAAGAAAAUAUUGUUCAGCGAAAUAUUCUUUUAUCUAUGACUUCUUAUUUCUUGCUCACUUCGCACACUAAAAACCUUGUUUGUUUCUGGCUGAUUGCUUUUGGAAAGUGGCAACRCUCGGCAUAGUAGAGUUUGGUGUUUUCUUGUGGGGAAAAUACGGAUACAUACAGAAAGACAGGAAGGCCAAGUUUGCCGAUGUUCAUUUCGCCCUCUUUUUCACUGCUAUUUUCAACGCUUUCCAAUACGGCUUGACCUCGAUAUUCUCAACGCGGAAGUCAAAUAAAAUGUGGGUAAAAACAGAGCAACUUGAAUUGGAUCAUUACGUUGAGAUUCGGUUAGAAUACGAUCGAGUGAAUAAAAUCAUCGAGAAUCAAUGCAGAGGAUUUUUUGGGAAACUGGAUCUUUUCGUUUGUCGUUCGGGAUUGAGGCGGCAACACGAAAAGUUACGAGUGCAAGUCAAAUUUCAUGAACUUCGUCUUCAUUUCUUAGAGUUCAAUAACCUUCCGUUCAGUUUAAAAGUCAGCGACUACCUAAAAAGGUCGGAACUUUCUAUUUUGAUUGGUCUAGUUCAUGUAUCGGCGACCACUUGGGUUUUGCUCAUUGCUCUGAUGAAUCUUGCAUACUUCAUUUUGGGUAUGAUUGAAAUCAAGACGUCAAGCCCAGGACUUAGUACACCGAUUAUGUUUGGGAUCUUGUUCGCAAUUGACUUCAUAUUUAUUGCUUUGUGUCUGGCCCUUCGAUGGAAAAUGCGUCGCAUCUUCCAGCAAGUGUUGAAAAGAAAAGUAAUCGGAACAUCGGAUCACGAAGAAGGAAUCAAGAAUCAAAAACAAUUAUUCUGGUUUGGAUCACCCGCUCUUGUAAUCUAUAUGAUUCAAUUGAUGAAUUUUGGAUACGCACUAUCAUUUUCUAUUGUGAUCAUAUACUCAGAGUACUUAAAUGAGACACAUGAGAUUUGGGUAGGAAUUCCAGCUGAGAUAGCAUUUCCAGCCACUACCCUUUUCUGUUAUUUUGUCUUCCUUUCCAUUCUUUCUGCUUUGUUACCAGAAUUUACUCUGUGUACAUCUCUCGGCUAUCUAACGAAUAGAAAGGAAUUAGACGAAACAKUGGCAAUGCAUCGAUUAGAAGAGGCAGAACGACAGCAUCGGCGAAAAUUGAUCGAAAAGGCUACUGUGAAUGAUACAUCAAUUUUUCAAUCACACCCAGUAGAUACCUCUAUAAACGUUACAGCAAUUUCUGGCGUUGGUGUUGAACAAAAGCGACUACCGUCUGACCUUAGAGACUCGGUCGGUGGAAUUUUGUCUACUGCAGAGGAGAAGGAAGCUCCGCUACUUCUAUCUGAUCUCGUUAAAAUUGAUACCGAAAAAUUACAAAGCAGACUACCCGAAGAAUCUCGAGAAAAACUAAUCAGCCGCCAAGAACGUCGUCACAAUCGCCAAAAAUCUCUAUCCGAUGGUGUCUCGGCAAUGCGAGCCUGGAAUCAAGGACAAAGCCCAAACUCACAAGAGAAAMAAGAGAUUACAACACAAAAUCGCCGGUCUCGUAGGAAGGCAAUAUCGCAGCCUGGUGUUAUUCAAGGUUGGCAAAAAUUAACUGUAUCUGAACAACGAAAGAAUAUGAAGCAUUCUGUGAACGCUUCAGAUGCCGCUAAAGUUGUCAAAGAAAGCAAGAGAGAAAAAUCUAACUCGGACCCUCGUACGAUCAAAGAUUGGAAAGAAAAAGUUGAAAGUGACGAACUCCUUCGUUCGAAAGACGAUGGUCCCAUUUUCCUCAGGAAAGGUGGUACAAUCAUAAAUGGAGGAAGCGGGGAGUCGAUACCAGCUUGGAAAAAGGAACGUCUUGAAAGGCUUGCUGCGAGAAAGAGAGCACGGAAAAAGACACAAUCCGCCUCUGCUAUUAUCCAAUCCUGGCAGGAUUAUUCUAUUCGUGAGCCACCAAGAGAACACUCCGAGACUAUAUUGAACGAAAACUGCAAGYCAGGCGACCGCGRAGGCUCGUCUUUCGACGAUGGAUCACGUGGUACUSYCCUUUAUUCGACUUUGAAAGCGACAAUUGAUAGCGAAGGUAAAGUUAACGAUCAAACGCCUUAUUUCGAAAAGAGGCUUUCCCUUCAUACGCUGAUAGAAGAUGAAGCUCACAACGAAGUAUYCUUACGAGACGGGGACAUUUGUGGAUCAAAAAGUGAUAGAAAUACAGUAAUAGAUCUUUCAGACGCUGUUAUAAUUGAUGAUGGCGAAAGGGAUUUUAACAAGAGGGAUGAUGGAACAGUUGACACCGGAAAAUCAAUCGGCAACUUAAGUGAUGUCGAUGUGGUUGACAUUGAUACAACAGGGAUAAGUUCCUUCACAGAGAGGGGUCUUCAAGCUGAAAGAGAUGAUGCUUCAUCUUAUCAAGGAGUACUGAUUCGAAAGGCAAGGCUUUAUUUCAUAGGGCCGAUGUAUCCAUAUGUAAGCCAUGUGCUUGGCACUUCGAUUGUUUUCUAUCUUGUCGGGCACCGUGUUGAAAGUUUUCGUCAAAAUCAAGGCGGAGAAAGUCCAUUUAGUGAUAAAGCAUGGUUUUGGUUAGAGGCGACGAUGUUCCUAUGUUUUMUUGUGGCAGAUUUCAUCAUCAUUGCUCUGUUUCCUUUUUGGAAAGAAWACACUAAAACCGAGAGGAGAUUGGUAUUUGCAACAAUUGCAGAUCUCCUUAUUGUCACUGCCGUGACGACACUUUUCUUUGUUGCUGAAGCAAAGAGGUGUUGCAUGGAUGAAAUUGCUGUCGCUCAGAUAGCRACUGUGAGAGAAAGGAAUCUCGUCAUUGGUAAAGAUGAUUUGGUUGGAUUUGGUUGCACUUGUCCAGAAUGGGGUGUAAGGACUUAUGGUGGCAUAGGUAUGAUAGAACCAUUUACCUGCCUUAUUGUUUUGAGACUUUUUCGAUUUUAUUUUGCUGAGGUCUUGAUUAGGAGUGAGGAAAUCUAUUUGAGAAGAAGACCAAGCAACGAGGUMAAAAACAUGCACGAAACACAACAAAACCACGAUAAUGCCCGCGUAAACCAGCACAGUCAUUGCCGCGGUAAUGURCAUCAAUCGGGAACAGCUUUGGAGCUAUGGGAGCGUGCWAUGGCUGAAUUCCCUGACAUUGUAGAGAAGUAUGGCCAAUUCAGCGGCGAAUUGUUGCAAGCAAUGCUCGGGCUACAAUUUGCUGUAGUAGCUCAAGGUACUUCCGCUUCUACACCACCUAACGCUUCAACGAUCGAACAYGAACAAAAAAGAUCAAUCGACUCUCGACAACUGGAAUCUCACAUUAUGUUGGCUGGAUCUAGACAUACACAACUUCCUCCUAGAGUACAGGCUCUGAUUAUAGCAGGACAACUAGGAAAACCAGUAAAGCCUAUGAAUCCAGGACUUCAUCAAAACCCAGCAACUUUGGUAGUUGCUGCCGAAAGCACAUCAGCGAAAGCCAUGCGUCCGGUAGAAUUUGAAGUGGACUUUGAGCAAAUGAAAUGCCAGAACAAUGUAAAAUACGAAUUCAUUGCGCCCUUUGCUCGUUUGGUGCGAAGUAUGCGUCGCUGUGACCGAAGACAUCUACCAUUAUUGAAGGGAUGGACAAGCGUUGACGUCGUAAUGACUCAAUUUGAAAUUGUGGUAAGUAUCCACAAUUUUUGCUGAAAACCUUCAACUCCUUUCCUUUUUGAAAACCUUUUGAGGAGCUAUACAAUCUGAUCUUACGGUAUMCGUUGCUUUCUGGUCGGCCAUAUUUAAUCGUUCUGUUGUAGUAUUUUGAAGCAAUCGAUAGUUUGAAUUCUAUCGCAGACGAGGAAACAAAAAUCCACAGUGAUGCUUGCCGAUUGGCACUUGAAGCAACUAAAGGCGGCAAAAACUURAGAUUAUGUGAUGUUGCUCAAGGACGAACAGUWGUAGGUCAUCUUGAUCUUGCUGAUGUUACUGAAGUGCACGUUGAAAGAGAUGAUACUCCUGUAUCUGAUGUCUCACUCGUCGAAAAUGACGGUGGUUUGCUCGAUAAGGAUCAAGAUUUAGCAGUCGAACAUUGGUCAAACCCUUGUUCCGAAWCUGAAGCAAACAAAAAAUAUUCUAGAAUCAUUCGAUGGUCGUUAUGCCAGGAAAGCCGUCUGAGGAUAUCGACAAAAGCUGGCAAACUUUUCUUACGCUUUUACUCUGAUCUCGCACUUUUCGAAGCCAACAACUCAGGAGAAGCCAAAACUAUUUCAAACUGUUUAACGCGGGAAAUUUCUUUUCAGUGGGCUCAAACUGUUUGUCGUAUUUGUGGAAGGAGCCAGCUCGAACAAAAUCUCCCAMAUUUUGGUGAGAAUAACGAAGAAGAGCUUCAAGAUUAUCUCGAGGUAGUCCAUUUCCAUGAGAAAGAGGCCGAAGAACAAAGUAGGAAUAUUGCCCGCACUGCAAAUAGAAUGGCAAAYACAGACCUGUUAUUUCUCGGUGCUAAGGGUUCCAAUGCAGCCAGAAAAAAGGUCAAGCAUAAACGAACAAAAUCGAUGGUGGACUUGCGCGGUGCAAUUACGGCUGAUAAAUCGRAURUUGCAUUUGGCAACACCGCGAUGAAUGUUAUUUCAGAUGACGAAUCAACGAUGCAAGCACGCCACCGUGAUUCAAAGCGUGUACAUCGAGUGUCAAGAUCAAUGGUUGAUUUCAUUAGUGUGACAGGGACUGAACAAGUUAACGAACCCGACAUAUCAUYCCCGUUUGCUAUGGAAUUGAACGAGGCUGAGAAGCAUGUUUAAUUCACUAGUUGGAAGCUACGAUUAAGUAAUUACUACUAUCCUCACAUUGCAGCUCAGC